UGGUCAACCUAUCCAGUACUAUAAUAGCAUGCAGUACCCUACCUAGGACAGUCAGCCCAAAGCUUAUGAGGACCACCAGUGAGGGGCGGGGGAGUUUUUUUCUUAUAUAUUUUGCCUCCUUCAGAGCUCAGCUUAUGACACAUCCCUGGUACCCUCCUCCCUUUUCUCUGAAGAACCUGAGUUAUGGUACCGGAAGGGUGCUGGCCUCUCCGGUACCACAAGGUUUAGUAAUUUCCUGUUGUUGGAGAAGUAGCUGAGAAACCAUAUAGAAAUGUAGUGGUGGAGAUAAGACAUGAGAGGCUAUUUGUUAUGUAGGACAAUGAGAACUUUCUCAGCCGCUAGGAUUUGGAUUCUUGGAGCCACUUUGUCCAUGAUCACAUAUCCAGGUGUAGAAUGUUUCUCUGGAUCUUGCUCAGUGUCUGCUGCAUCGCUGCAGCUCAACAGCGAAGCUCAUCUUCCUCUGGAGAAUAUGGUGGUGGUGGCGGUAAGCGAUUCACCCACACUGGAAACCAAUUGGACGGACCAAUCACAGCCCUGAGAGUUCGUGUAAGCCGCAACUACGUCGUAGGGUUGCAGAUCCGCUAUGGGACCACCUGGUCAGACUAUAAGGGGGGCUCAUCAGGUGAGCUGGAGGAGGUCUUCCUGCACCCCGGGGAGGCAGUCAUCCAAGUUACAGGGACCUAUUCCAAUUAUAUCCGGAGGUUGGUGUUUGUUACAAAUAAAGGGCGUUACUUCCCGUUUGGGAAGGAUUACGGGAAGACUCUCAAUGCCACCCCGCUGUUCCCCAACACCGUCCUCAGAUACAUCAGUGGCAGCUCGGGCUCCGUCAUCGAUGCCAUCAGCUUUCACUGGGAUUACGCCAACAGUAACUGUGUACACUGUGCCAAGUAAUGAAUCAGAGCAUCGCACCGUGCUGCAGAGUAUUGCACCUUGUCACCUGACUCCCUCCCUGCAAUCACCCCCCCCCCCCCCCCCCCCCACAUUCUUAAUUCAAGAUCCUGAUUGACACGUUGCCCCUGAGUGCA